CCCGGCCGAUGCUGAUGAUGUGUGUUUUGCAUGUAGAAAUGAGACACCGGACGGCACACUUCUGGACAGAUGAUGUCUGCGUUUGCGAUUCGAAUCCACCUGUAUUUUGAACAGAAGCCUCGUUGGGAAGUGAAGCUCCAUGAUCCGCUGUGGACGAGUUAUCGAUCCGUCCAGCGCCUUCCGUGGACACCGUGUGUCCUCUCUGAGCAUCUCUCCGCUCCGUCCCUGCUCUCCCUUUUCUCUCAUUCUGCUGCAGUCAGAAUGCUGGGUUCGAAUCCCGUCUCCUGCUCUAGCAUCCUCAAGCAAGUGAUUCACCUGCCCGAUACAGAGUACCCUGUUGUUGGCUAUAUGGGUGUAUUACUGUAAAGUUGAUCAUCUAGCUUGGACAAAGCAUCGGAUAAAGAAAAGUCAUCGAUGGUAGCAAUUCCUGUUGGCCCCAGGAUGUCCCACCUCACGGGAGGCUCAUUGGACCCACUUGAUCAGGGGCAAUGGCUUCGAUUGAGGAACGCACCUUCAUUGCCAUCAAGCCAGAUGGUGUUCAGAGAGGACUUGUCGGAGAGAUCAUCAAACGCUUUGAGCAGAAAGGAUUUAAACUGGUCGGCAUGAAAAUGCUGCAUGCAUCCGAAGAGCUCCUGAAGGAUCACUACGAUGAUCUGAAGGACCGACCAUUUUUUCCCGGGCUAGUGAAAUAUAUGCACUCCGGUCCUAUUGUUGCCAUGGUUUGGGAAGGCCUUAACGUUGUGAGGACUGGCAGGGUCAUGUUGGGUGAGACGAACCCCGCGGAUUCUAAACCAGGCACCAUACGUGGUGAUUUUUGUGUCCAGGUUGGCAGAAACAUCAUCCACGGUAGUGAUUCUGUGGAGAGCGCCAACACAGAAAUAAACCUGUGGUUUGCACCGGAGGAGCUGGUAUCCUAUAAGAGUUGUGCACACAGCUGGAUCUACGAUUAACAGAUUAGCCCCUCCCCCAAAACUCCACCUUCUUGUGUCAAAUGAACCCUUGUUGUGAAUGUAGACAUUAUUUAUGCUGUCUGUGAAUGCUGAGAAUUUGUCAAUAAACACAUAAA